AGGUGUGUUGAGAUUAGAUUUGAGUGUGAUGAUUGAUUUAGUGUGAUUAAAGCCGUGUUUGUGCUGUGUGACUGUAUAAACAGUGAGACUCCUGAAACCCUGCAGCUGAGACUCCAACAUGGCCGCCCUCUGCUCUCCACUGCGGAUAUGUCGGGGCAUUCUCAAAGAGCUCCGCUAUUUAAAAGGUCCUGAAUAUAAAGACACGAUGAUGUACAGUUAUGUGAUGGAACAAUUCCGGAAGAAUCAGGUGACCAGUGAGCGUCACUGUCGUGCUCAGAGGGAGGCGGUCCACACGUCCCACUCGUACCUGUGUCUGUUAGAGUCGACACGGCGUCACCUGGAGCUGCAUAAUCAGUACCAUGGGAAAGGAGAGCGCCCCUCGGAGGAAGUGGCCCGCCUCGUCGGAUUGCGCUUGCCCACACAGCCCGGUGGAAAGGGCUGGGAGAAGUGAGGGACCGUGUGAAGGAGGGAGAGCGGGUGGAGGACUCGCUGUUAAUCAGACUUCCUCUAAAUCUGCAGUGUGUUCAUUCUCAGUGUGUGUGUGUGUGUGUGUGUGUGUGUGGACUUUUUGUCUUCAAAUAAAUAAAGUUUAUUCAGAUACCUUAGUGUUAAUUGUAAAUCAGCACAUGAAUGUAAAUAAAUAUUCAUUUUGCCACA